CAGUAGCAGAGUUUGAAAAGUUUAGCAGUUGAGAACUUACCAUUCAAUAGAAUGGUGGGAUGCAUUGGGGGUUGGGGGUGAUUUCGGUCUUCUCUAGUGCUUUUUGUUGUUUAUUACUAUUUUCUUUCUUUCUUUUUUGUUAUUAAUAUUGGUCUGGUAAUACUUUUCCCUGCCUUUUGAUGAUAAUUUUCAGUGGCCCAGAUGAGUGAGUCAGCAUCUCAAGAGGAACACAAACCUGCUCAGAAAAAUGGAAAAGAAGACAAAGAAGGGUUAGAGGAAGCAACCGAAGUAAAAGAGCCUACUGAGAGUUCACAGAGUGAACCAGGCAGCUCUGCUUUAGACACCAAGAGCAAUGCGGCAGAAGCAGCAGCAGAAGAAAAAUCCCAAGGAAUGCACCUGGAAGAGCAGACAGAAACCUCAGUGUGUUCAAUAAAGGCUUCAAAGAAUUUGGUGGUUAGAAAACCUGCAAAAGUGAUUUUCAAUAUAGAUCCAGCCCCACUGAAUUCAAAGCUAGAACAGCCAUGGAAGAAAAAAUGUCUUGAAAGAUUGGAAGCAAAAGCCCGGGCAAUGCAGCAGAAAAUAAUAGACAAGGAUAAUCUGAAGAAAGAACAAGAAAAAAAGGCUGGAAAAAAACUCCCCAGGGAUAAUUUGGCCAAAGAGUGGUUUAAUGCUGACAACAUGACACUGAACACUCGUGCAUAUUUGCUUGACAAACUUCUGCCUACCUUAGUUCCUGGAGUGGAAAAAAUGUUAAUGCAAGUGGAAAAGAAGCAGCUUUGGGCAGAGGUUGGUAAUACAACCAGGUUUAAUCCAAUUAAUCAUUUGGGGGAAUACUUAAUGAGAAACAAUCCUUAUUAUAUCAAAGACUCAGGAAUGUCUGGUUAUCAAAGGAUGAUGAGAGAUGUCACAGAAGACCUGAAGAUUCAUGUUCCCAACACUACUGGCAACAGAGCCUAUUUUAAAUCAACUCAUUUAUCCUCUUUUUCUGUGCAGUACCUCUCUUCACACAUUGCAGACUUUAAAAGUGAAAUGUUUGAGAAACUCCUUAAGCACCUUUGUCAUUGUGCAGAUGAAUUCCGGGAGGUCAUAAAAAUGGACAUGCGGAGGCAAAUGUUUGCUCAACUCUUCCUGGAUUGUGACCAUGGGAAGGUAGGGUUUUUGGAUCGGCAGAGGACAUUGGUCUUGCUGGAAACAUUCUAUGACCAAAGUUCAAAAACGCUUAGAAGUUUGCUGCGAAACCCAAGACAAUGGCCAUUCAUUGAAUUUGAAGAGAUAGAUUUGUCUGAGUUCUGGGGAGACAUGGAUAAUCAGAAACAUAUUUAUGAAGACUUGGACAAAGUUCUCUUAGAGGUGAAUGCAUUACUUUCUGAAAACCAUGCCAGCAAAAUGCAAAGAAAAUCAUUCGAAACUCCAGAAGAUCAACAGAAACAUGAUGAACCCAGUGAGUCAACACCGCCAGAAGAGCAGAGAAGGACGGCUGCAGAACAAGAACCAAGCAGAAUUUCAAUGGAAGGACGAGAACAAGACGGAGAGUCAAGUAGAGAAAAAGGACUGCACAGAAAAUCAGUAACAGAACAAGAAACCCAUACAGGGUCAACUCCAGAACAAGGAUCAAGUAGAGAGUUAAUAAUAGAACAAAGACCACAUGAUGACUCAGUAAUAGAACAAGGGCCACCAGAACGCGUGUCAGAACAAGGAGUCAACAUGGAGUCAGCUACAGAACGAGGACUCCACAGAGAAUCAGUAUCAGCACAAGGGCAAGAGGAAGGGUUAACCUCAGAACCAGGAUCACACAGAGAGUCAGUAGCAGGGCAAGGAUCGCACAAAGGGUCAACGGCAGAACAAGAACCACCCAGAGGGGGAAUUCCAGAAAGACAACAGGGUUCAGCUUCACAAUCAGAAGGAGGGAGUACCUUCAGAGAAAGUAAUAUAUCUAGGGAGACUACUUCCUAUGAGCACACUAAAAUCUCCCCACAGAAAGAGAGGACUCAGGGGAAAAUAUAUGAAGGACUGUUUGUGAAUCCUGAACUGCAAGAGGAAGUCCCGACAUCAAGAAGAAGACAUCGUCUGUCAGAAACUACAAAAAAGGAAAAUCAGAAAGAUCCAUCCUGUCAUAAAUCCCAAGAAAUAGAAGGAAAGUCAUGGUCAGGUGAACUUUCGACUUGUAACUGGAAGAUGAAUAAUAUCAAAUGUGAAGAUGAGGAACAGGCACACUUACUCCUCAGUGACUCCAGGUUCACAGACCUACACUCAAUUAUCAGAAGUAUUCAGUCUUACAAGGACAUAAAAGGUAGAAGUGCUUUCAAUGGAGUUUCCUUAAAUCUGCUCCAGUUUGUGCAACUUCUGGAGACAUUUGUUGGUGAAGAUACCCCCUUGAGUGUCAGUGAGACCCUCACAUCCUUUUUUAAGAGAGGCUAUGUUGAAACAAAAGAAGAGAAAAUAAGUGGCUUAGAACAGGCUAGACAAAAUGUUUCCAGAGCCCGACGGGAACUUCUCCUAGAAGCUGUGUUUCAGAAGUGGGACAAUGAUGGCUCAGGCUUCCUGGAUCUGAAGGAAGUUGAUGAAGUCUUGUACACAUACAAGGAGGGUAUGGAAAAAGAAUCUAUGAAGAAAGCCAAACUACACAUCCAAUUUCCAAAGCCACACCCUGACCAAGAAGUGAGGUUGUCUUUAAAACAGUUUCAGAAAUACAUAGAAUUGGUUGUAUCUGAACUCAGAGGCAAUGAAGAUCAUGUUCUGGAAAGUGUUGUGGAGUUUCUGAUGAAUACUUUAGAAAGGAGCCAUACUGAGAAUUUGAGGAAUUGUGCCAGACGAAAGUGGCUAUACCAGAUCCAACGUGCUGCAAAGACAAGUGGGGUGUCCUUGGAACCAGUGUACAUGAAGACUUUUAAUGCCCUCACCCAGGACGCUGAAGCCCAUGGGAAUAAGAAGAUCAGUGCUCACAUUGCCCUCUUAGAAGAAAACCUACUACUGCCUGACAGAGGGCAAGUCCUGUUGAGGAACGUAGCUUGUACAUUAGAUGAUGCUCCAUUUGUGCUGAACAGAGUACUCUAUCGGGACAUGAAGGGAAUCAGCUUUACAGUAGUGGAUGAGGGAAAGCCAAUACACGUGCCCCAAGUUCAGCACCAUGGGAACAUCUUUUUCUGGAACACUUCUGUCAAGAAGAGUGAUCAAAAUGGAUCAUUCCUGGCUCUGCCUCUUCAGGAUGCACAUAUGAGGAUCUUUGGGGUCAUGGCUGUUGACACCCUGAAAGAUCCCAAAAAAAUUAACAUCUUUGUACCUCAUGAGAUCAGAUUCUAUCAGGGUGUCGCCAAUGUCUUCAGCACUGCCUAUCACUAUGUGCACAGCAGGGAGCAUAUCCUGCAUGUCGUGAUCACAGGCAUUGGCUGGCUCUGUGACAUCACGUCUGACAUUACCACGAUCACGACAUACUUCAUUGAGCCGGGCCCAACGCAGGAUUCAGACUAUGUUUUACGCAAUAUGAUGGUUACCGGGCACCUGGGUCUAACAGAAAUCCACAGGAACCCCCCUACAAUCUUCAGGAAGACAUGCAUCUUCAGAGACUUCCUCUUCAAGUGUACAGACAGUUCCGAAGUUGUUUUGGCCUCUGUCUGUGGAGAAAACCACAUCAUAAUUCCACUCCGUGAGAGAACAGGAAAAGCUCUGGGAGUUCUUGAUUUUAACAUUGGCAGGAGUAAAAUGUUGUUGUAUCGGGAAUUUAAAGAUCUACAGAAAAUGAUGAAGGUGGUCCAAGCUGCCUGUUACGAAAUACUGGGCGAAAUAUCUGGAGAAAUAAAGAAAAACUAUGUCCUAGAGAUUGAAAAUGUAGGAGAAGUCCCGCGGGUAGGGGUUCUCUUCUUCCGGAUCAUGCUGCAAGAGCUGCAGGAAAGCCUCCGCCUGCUCACCUCCCUCGACUUUGUGUCACUGCUGCUCUAUGAUUAUAGUCUCCCACCAGAGUCCUCGUCUCUGUCAGAGAGCAAGGCCCAGGAGCUGGAAGCCGGCAUGAAGCUGGUGCAUGACCUCCUGACAGCCGUGAUCUUGUUCAUUCAUCCAGAGUUGGAAUCAUCAGGUGACUUCAGAGAUUGGGAAAAGUGUAAACGGUAUGUUAAGAGUUACCUAGUCGUGAAUAUCUGUGACUUUGACCCGACUGCUAAAAAUGUGCAGGUUAAUUUACAACUCAUCAGUGAACUUAUCAGAGAUCAUUCUCGAAUCGAAGUAUGGGAAUUUGGUAAUACUGUCAUCGAAUACUUCUACCACUGGACACACAUCUGUUUAGCUCUCAUGGAGCUAAACAAAAAACCAAGUAGUGCCCUUGUUCCCCCCUUGCCCUCCAAGACUGACUCCUGUGUGUAUGCAAAGAUGCCGAAGGGAAACGUGCCAGGGAAAUGCUAAUGAAUUAGUACUGUACUUGGGAUAUUUUUGUCAUGUUCAGUUUUGUUAGCUCUAAAAUAUUUUCAAUUGCAAAGGAGUGCCACAUAGACACAUUCUGCUCCUAGACAGUUACCUCAGCACUUUCUAAAACAAAAAUGCUACCUAAGGAGAAAUUUGAUCUAAAAAAUAUCCAGUCAAGGUAGCCGUAACCAAA